UAAGUAGCUACUCUUUAGUCUUUACGCAAUUGAUAAAUCCAAUCUCUCUCACCAAAAAUCUUUCCCUCUUUCCAUUUUCCCGCCCACUUCUCUCUCUCUCUCUCACAUUCAAUGGCAAGAACUUUCAUUCUCUUCCUUGUGGUUAUUCUUCCUCACCAUUACAGUGUUCAUCUUCAAAUGACGCUUCGAAUCGUUCCGUUCCUCGCGAAAUUUCUAUUCUUCUUCCUUCUGGUCUCUGUGCCUUUCCCUUGCUGGUCUUCAAGCAAUGGGAGCAUGCUGAAUGAGAAAACAUUAGCUAUGAUAAAACCAGAUGGAUUGUUUGGGAACUACACUGAUAGGAUAAAGAAUGUCAUUCUGGAAUCUGGUUUCAUCAUUUUCAAGGAGAAGGUUGUUCCACUUGAUGAGGACAGUGCUGCAAACUUUUAUGCUGAGCACUCUACGAGGAGCUUCUUUUCUAGCCUUGUCAAAUACAUGAUGAGUGGUCCAGUGUUGGUUAUGGUUUUGGAGAAGGAAAAUGCUGUCGCCGAUUGGCGCACUCUAAUUGGGCCAACUGAUGCUCGCAAGGCUAAGAUUAGUCAUCCCCACAGCAUAAGAGCACUGUGUGGGUUAGAUUCAGAAAAGAAUUGUGUUCAUGGUUCAGAUUCUACUCAAUCAGCAGAAAGAGAGAUCUCAUUUUUCUUUAAAGAGGUGUCUGCAGGAGGAGUGGUUACUGAACACGACGAACUGUAACAGGUACAAGUCUCUUUAGCCUUUACACUUCUACUCAUACAAUUUUCCAAAUUGGAUAACUGCUCUGGCAACUCCUUUAUGUUGGUUAGGCCAUUUGUUGCUAAAAGUGUCCUGUAAACCUUUUAAGUCCUGUGCAAUUAAAUAGGUUCUUGUGAUAUAUAAACACUGGCACAGUUUAUCUGUCAGAUAAUACAAAACUUCUAUUAUUCUAGCGAUUCAAGCAAAAUUGUCAGCAAGAUUCUACUUAUAUUUAGGGAAGCAGUUGAAAAUUCAUUCAGCGCAAUUCCAUGGA